GUCUGGAGUCAGGGCUGGGGUUUCGCAGGGAAAGCCCAGCGGUUGCAGCUGCCGCGGAUCCCUCGGCACUGCCCGCCACGUUCUGGGCAGCCCAGGUCCGGCGAGCAGCUCAUCAAAGUCGUGGAGCGCGAGGAGGCAAAGCGCCCUCAAAGUGGUCGGGCUCAGCGCUGGGGCUGGGCUGGGAGAGGUGUGCUCAGGGAGCCUGGAGCCCGGCGCCCUCUGCCUCAAGUGGAGGGGCCGGUGCACUAGGGAGGCGAGGCGAGCAGACACCUCGGACUGAGAAAUAAAAUUGCAGCCUUCCCAAAGACGCUAAGUUACGCAGUCGAGCCAGUUCCCGGAGAGCAUUCGAGAGCGCGCGUAGAGCCCAGCUGAGCUGCAGAGCGUUUCCGGGCCGGCCGGCCGGCCAGAGCGGGGCGCCGUCCGAGAGGCAGCGGCCCCUGGGCACGGGGCUCAACCAGGAGUGCGCCCGGUACAAAGAGGGGGCGUGCAAGGCUCCGCCAGCCUGCGCGCCCGACUUGGGCGCCCCCUUCGUCCCACUCCGGGAGCAAUGCCCCCCGCCCCUCGGGCCCCCCGGGAAAGACGCGACCAUGGAGAAGUCGAGUAGCGAGGAUUCUUCGAUCCACCGGAGUCCAUCUUUGGACAGCAAGGACUCGGACUUUGCCAAGCCGUCCACCUCGGGUCGCCCGUUUGGCCGCGGCUUCACGGCCGGCGCCUUCUACGGCACGGCGGGCUCCCGGGGCCAGAGCCGUGCGGAGGCCGGCGUUAAGACCGACAAGUACAAUGCACCCAAAGGCAGCAAGUACGUGGUGUUUUACCUGGACCUCUCCUUUGUUUUCCUCCUAGAAUUUAAAAAGUGCAACAUGGCCAGGGGCUGCCUCUGCUGCUUGAAGUACAUGAUGUUCCUCUUCAAUUUGAUAUUCUGGCUCUGUGGCUGUGGACUGCUUGGAGUGGGCAUCUGGCUCUCCGUGUCCCAAGGCAACUUUGCCACCUUCUCCCCCAGCUUCCCCUCGCUGUCUGCAGCCAACUUAGUCAUCGCCAUAGGCACCAUUGUCAUGGUAACGGGCUUCCUCGGCUGCCUGGGCGCCAUCAAGGAGAACAAGUGCCUCCUUCUCAGUUUUUUCAUCGUCCUGUUGAUCAUCCUCCUAGCAGAAUUGAUCUUACUUAUCCUGUUCUUUGUCUACAUGGACAAGGUGAACGAGAAUGCCAAGAAGGACCUGAAACAAGGCCUGCUGCUGUACAACACGGAGAACAAUGUGGGUCUUAAGAAUGCCUGGAACAUCAUCCAGGCUGAGAUGCGAUGCUGUGGCGUUACCAACUACACAGACUGGUUCCCAGUGCUGGGGGAGAACAUGGUUCCCGACCGCUGCUGCAUGGAGAACUCCCAGGGCUGUGGGCGCAACACCACCACCCCGCUGUGGAAGACGGGCUGCUAUGAGAAGGUGAAGAUGUGGUUUGAUGACAAUAAGUACGUGCUUGGCACGGUGGGGAUGUGCAUUCUUAUCAUGCAGAUUCUGGGCAUGGCCUUCUCCAUGACCCUCUUCCAACACAUCCACCGGACGGGUAAAAAGUACGAUGCGUGAGCAGGCGGCCGGGAGCGCCCCAGUCCCCGACCUGGACACUUUGUAUGAGGGAAGAAGAUUUGAGCUUUGUGUCGCCUGCCUGCACUCUCCAGACUGCUGAUCUCUGCACCCACCUCCCCGCCCAACCUGCCAUCCCCCGCCCGCCCUGCCUUGGCCUAAGACUUCUCUGUGGGUGGAGGGCCAGGGAGGAGAAGGAGGCACACAGAGACCUCGGGGAGCUGGGGGCGCUGGACUGCGUACCUGCAUCUAUCUGUGUAAUUGCCAAAGAAGACAGGGUGGGCUGGGGGCAUGCUUGAGGAGGAAAGCCCCCUGGCACUGACGCAUUUCUGCCCCCUCCUCACACUGACACUUUGUCCCUCUUUAUGGAGAGACUGGCCCAGCAGAGGCCACUGCCGUCCUCGCCACCCCGUGGGAGUGUGGGAGAGCUGGCGAGGGUAGGGGGCCCAACGGCGUCCAGGCCAGGCCCCUGGGAGCAUCUUGCCCAGGCUUUUUAUACCUUACAAGUAUAACUUUUUUAUUUUAUUUACUCUAAUUACGAUUAUUCAGGAAUAUUAUCUCUCAGAUAUGUUUAGGGUUAGCUUUCUGAUUUAUCACUUUUUACUGCGUUGAUUUCUUUAAUGGUUUGAUUUUUUUUUUCCUGAGGGUGGGGGAUGGGUGGGGAGAGAGAACAUUGUCCAGUUUCAAUCAGGACAAACAUGGCGCCACAAUCAGGAGGCCCUUGGGUGAGAUGCGCCAGGCCUUUGCUCAAAUGCACUGAGAAGGAGUGGCACAACCCUUGGAUGGAGGACCAUGGCCAGGGUGUGGCCAGGAGGUGGGAGCCAUGUGAAGACGGCUCUCUGGCCUGGUGUCUGGGAUUCUGCAUGAGGGCAGAAGAGCCUGGAAGAGCAGAUGAAGUCGAGGAGUGUGAAGCAAGCCAGGAGGAUACCCUGCACAGAGUGAUGGUGUUUGCUAGCGAGGGUGAGAGGCCUGAGCAGUGGGGAAGUCCUCUAGGGGGCUGCUAAAUGCUUUGCCAGGAAUGCGGCUGGAGCUGGCAUGGGUCCUUACACUUUCCACUGAUGAGCAUAUUUUUCCUUCUUCCUCCUGCCCUCUGCUGGCAUGGGAGGCCUCCCCUUCCACCCCAUGCGGGCAUUCCCGCACCAGGUUCUGCAAACCCGUUACUUUCACAGACAUUCCUGCUAGAAACUCUCAGACAAAUACCUCUCUAGUUCAGAUGCUGCUCACUUUUCUUACAUUGCUUCUGGAAGGGGAAGCAGUCCUUACAUUUUUGUUGCUCAGACAGUGGCAAAGGACCCAUGACCGUGAGGAUUGGAAGUGGAGCUGGUGCCCACCAUCAUCCCAGCCAGAAUCACUCCGCUGAUUGCCCUACUGGCAGGGGGUCUCAGGACCCUCAUCUCCUUUCUUCGGGCUCAGCCAUCUCUGCGGUAGGGCCUUCUUAGGGGGUGGGUGGUGAUCAAGUCCCAGGUGAUCCUGAGGACAGAUGACAGAGAAGUCAGACUGUACCUUGUUACAGCUGUCCCACGAAGAAAACAGCUGAAGUCAUGGCAUGUGACAUGGACAAGUGGGGUGGGGUGAGGUGUCCAACUGCAGUAGGACCUGACUUACGCUGGCCUUGUUUAACAAUUCACAGUUAAAAAAAAAAAACUCAAGAACCCAUGGGACUAAAUUUGAAAAUGUUAUCCCCAGCUAGCUCAGAUCCACUGGCACUGCGCUGGCUGGGACCUUGUGUGGACGGCUGCCUUUCACCUGUAAUAUUUGACUCUUUGCCUGGAUGUCCCACUGGAUCUGCUCUGUCCUCUAACCUUCAUCAUCCUGUUCCAAGAUCCAAGACGUGGCCACUCAGCCAACCAGUAAUUCAUCCGUUUACCUUGAAUCGGGACCAGGAGUAUAGGACUUUUGGUGUGUUCAGGAUCCAUGCUUUUUUGGGGGAGUAGGGUGAGGGGUGGAGAGUAGGGAGGCCUCAGAGUGCUGAGCUGGGUCUAGGCCACCUCUCUGAAAGGGGAGUGGUGGCACUGAUGGGAAACUCCAGGAAGGCAGAUUCCAGAUGGAGCGAGCACACGGUAGAACAAAGCUGCCUUUCUCUCACCCUUGGCCCAUCUUCCUGGUAAGAAGCUUCGGCUGCCUCCCCGGAGCCCCAAACUGCACAGUGAGGAGCAGGCAUGCUGCUGUAGAGACACCUAGUAAACAAGUGUUCAAGUCACCCAGUGGGACCUGGUGCAUAACGAGUUUUCUCUGUGGGUGGGAGGGGUGGGUUUGUUUAUGCCUAUCAAUGCAAUUUUUCAUUUUUGUUAAAAAUGAACAGCAAAAGCCUAGUGCGCUGGGGGGCCGAUGGCCUCCCUGGCAAACUUAUGUUUCUGGAAGGCUUUGGGGGCUUCCUCUGGGCCUCAAGCCUUUGCCACAGCCCCCUCCCUCCCCUACCAGACCCCACGUCAUCUGUCUGUUUGCAGAGCCUUGUCCACAGUCCCCAGACUGCCUUCCUGCCUCACCCUGUGCCUGGCUGUUUGUCAUUUGGCUGAGUCUACAUUGGCCUGGAGUCUCCGUGGGCAGGGGUGGGUGUGCUGCCAAGCCCUUGCCUGUCCUCCGUAAGUGGUCGCCAUGCCACGCAGGAAGGCCAUUGUGGGGUACUAGUGAUGGUGGUCAGGGUCUUCUCAGCUUCUGACUUGGAUCUCAUUGGGGCAGAAUUAACUGAGUGAAUUUGCUCACUCUCAGCUUCCCUUGCUAAAGUCAGACUUAGUUCAAUCAAGUCCGAUGCAAGCAAUUUACAGACUUGACUCAGAAGUCCCUUAGGAUUUUCAGACAAUUUCAAGGAAUGUCUAAUGUAGACUCAGCCUUCCUCUGCAGCCCUCUCUCACAGGCGGUGGGAGAGCGGGGCUGAGGACUGCCCCUAGGAGGGUGGGCAGCAGAUGUCAGGCACAGGUCACCACCUGCCACCCACUGCACCAGCUGCUCCUCUGCUGCCCGCCCCUUACCCAGAGCUGGGGUGCUGUCACCCCUCGCUGCCAGCAUGGGCCUGCAUCUUGGGCUCUCACUCUGGAAAGGUUGCCAACCCCACCCUAGAGCACAGCCCCUCUCAGAGAUAUUCUGGCUUUGGCUUGGAACUAGGUGGCCACCUGUCCUUUGGUGGCCAAGGAGCAACCUAGGCAGAUGGAUGUGACUGCCCCCCUCCUCACCAGCCCCCUGCCCACCCACUGGUGGAGGUGCUAACUAGCAGGGACAUGGCACAGGACGGGAGCUGGGCGCGAGGCGCUCAGGAUCACACCUUGUCCCUCAGCCUUUCAGAGUCCGUCCAGCACCCCUUGGGUUCACGUUCGCCUAUUUCCCUCCUCUCCACUGCAGUGAAGCAGUCGACAGGAGUGGGGCUUGGCUCCCUUCCUGGAAGGGGGUUCUGAGCAGGGGAGACCUUGGGGAACCCUCUCUACACCCCGACCGCCACCCACCCAGGGCAGAAUGGGAGAGCACGCUUGUGAGUUUCAAAUGCACUUUUCUGCUUGCAAUGCCGUACCUAUGCGUUUCCUUCAUCCCGGUCCUGGCUUUAUUUAACACCAUGUUUUUAGCAUGUUUUUAAAUAAAAACUGAUAAUGUGUCAA